GGAAAAAAUCCGUCAAGGGUUAGAUGAGCUUCAGAAGGUCCUGCCUGGAGGGGACACCUACAUGCACGAAGGAUUUGAAAGGGCCAGUGAGCAAAUUUACCACGAAAAUGUUCAAGGUUAUAGGACCGCCAGUGUCAUUAUUGCCUUGACGGACGGAGAACUUCAUGAAGACCUUUUCUUCUAUUCUGAACAAGAGGCCAACCGGUCCCGUGAGCUGGGAGCAACGGUGUAUUGUGUUGGUGUGAAGGACUUCAAUGAAACUCAGUUGGCUCGAAUCGCUGACAGCAAGGAUCACGUCUUCCCUGUGAAUGAUGGUUUCGAAGCGCUCCAGGGAAUCAUAGACUCC